AUGGACUCACCCGUCCUCAACCAGCUGUUCCGACGGCUCUUCCGGCACCCGGCCUGCCAACAGUCAUUACGGCAGCCACCGUCCUCAAUCUCUCGCCAAACGCGCACAUUUCUCACCCGGCGCACGCCCACCAAGCGCAAAUCCCAGGGCGAUGGCUUGCUCUGGACGAAGCGGGGAGACUACCCCAAGAACAUUGACGAGGAGUACUGGUCAUAUCCGACAGUAACAGCGAAGGACUUGCGCAAUCGGCGCGAGCGCCCACGGCAGGUCAAGAUGCUGACGCGCGAAUUCAUUGACGACAGUCUUUAUAACCCGCAUUACGGUUACUUCUCGAAACAUGCAACCAUUUUCAGUCCCGGCGAGCCAUUCGACUUCAAUACCAUCGAAGACGGACCUGCCUUUCACCGGCUCCUGGGCCAGCGAUACACAGAGUUUGAGGACCUACUGGAUGAGAAGAAGCCCGACAUUGCACGACAAUUGUGGCAUACACCCACCGAACUGUUUAGGCCAUAUUACGGAGAGACAAUUGCUCGGUAUCUUGUCUCAAAUUACAAGCUCACGCUGUACCCAUACCACGACUUGAUAAUCUACGAGAUGGGCGCUGGAAACGGAACGAUGAUGUUGAACAUUCUGGAUUUCAUCCGUGAUACAGACUACGAAGUGUACCAGCGCACCAAGUACAAGAUCAUCGAGAUUUCCCCUGCACUUGCAGAUCUUCAGACGAAAAAUUUGCUGGAUACCCUUAACGCCAAGGGCCACCGGGACCGGGUCGAGAUCAUUAAUCGAUCUAUCUUCGAUUGGGACACAUACGUGCAUUCCCCGUGCUUCUUCCUUGCUCUCGAGGUGUUUGAUAAUUUCGCCCACGACACCGUCCGCUUUAACACCCGUACCGAGCUCCCACAACAAGGUGGAGUUCUGAUCGACGCGGACUGCGAGUUCCACGAAUACUACAAUACGCAGCUCGACCCUGUUGCCGCUCGCUUUUUGCGCGUCCGACAAGCUGCAUCCCGGCGCCCAUUCCCCAGCCCACUUGGUCCUUGGUAUCUUCGUGGCAUCCGCUCCGCACCACCUUUCCGCAAGGAGUUCUCCCUGCCCGAAUAUAUCCCUACGAGGUUGAUGCAGUUCUUCGACGUGCUGAAUCAGUACUUCCCAGCACAUCGUCUCGUGGCAAGUGACUUCAGUUCCUUGCCAGACGCUGUACCUGGGUUGAAUGCGCCCGUGGUGCAGACUCGAUACCAGCGGCGAACUGUUCCGGUGACAACUCCAUUUGUUCACCAGGGUUACUUUGACAUUUUCUUCCCAACUGACUUCAACGUCGUCGAGGACGUGUACCGUGCAGUCACUGGUAAACUGACUCAGGUCAUGAGCCACGAGGACUUUGUGGACCGUUGGGCCUAUGUCGAAGAUACGGAGACGCGGAAUGGGGAGAACCCGUUGUUGACAUGGUACAAAAAUGCCAGUAUGUUGAUGACGGUGUAA